AUGAAACCCCGGAAACCGCUCUUCGUAGUUCUGGAGGGUACUGAUCGCGUGGGUAAAUCAACCCAAGCCCAAUUACUCGCAGAUGCCUUCUCUAAUAUGUACGGCAACCAAACCUACCUCAUUCGCUUUCCUGACCGGACUACCACAAUCGGUGAAAGUUUGAACAAUUAUCUCUCAGGAAAGGUCGAUAUAAAUCCCCACGCCGUCCAUCUUCUCUUUACUGCCAACAGAUGGGAACGAGCAGCCGAAAUCGACGAGGCUCUCGCACAGGGCCGGUGCGUCGUAGCCGAUCGCUACAGCUACUCCGGCAUCGUCUAUACCGCCUCGAAGGAGCAUCCAAACCCGCCCACCUGGGAGUGGUGCCUGUCCAGCGAGGAAGGUCUGCCACCACCCGACCUCAUUCUCUGCCUCCUGCCCGAGCACAUCGACGAUCUGGCGCUGCGUGGCGGCUUCGGCGACGAACGCUUCGAGAGCGCCUGUUUCCAGACCCGCGUCCUCUGCAACUACCGCCGCCUGGCCAGAUCCAUCGAAGCUCGCAAGCGGAACGGAGCGGAGCGCGUGCCUGUGUGGGAGUGGGUCAUUGUGGGCCGCCUCUCCGUUGAGGAGGUCCACAAAAUGAUAUUGCAAAAGAUUUCUGACCACAACCCCGUCACCAGGCAACAACCAUAG